GGUAUCUCAAUUAAAGCAUUUUGAACAAUGAAAUUUGAUGAGAUAACAAAAGCAUUGGAGAAGGAUUGGAAGUAUAUGAUGAGGAUAAAAAUGAAUUAAAUUAUUAUGUAGAUGGAUUUGGAAAGGGAUUGAAAGUAUAAAGAGGAAGAAAGAGAGCCUAAAGACAGAAAAUUGGGAAAUAAAAUACAUUGGAUUUGGAAAAGGUUAAAAUGUUUAUGAGGAGAAGAAGAAAGAGAAUGAUUAAGUAAAGGGGAGGAUGUUUGUAAAGUGGAAAGUUAAGAAAAAAUGAAUUUCAGAGGAAUGGUUUUGGAGAGUCUUUAGGAACGAUUGAUAAUUAGGACAAAUAAAUAGAAGGUUAAAGUUAAUAUGUAAAGUUGC